AUGCCCACCACCCACGAGCCAAAGAAGAUUUUGUUUGCACUGUCUACUAUCAUUCACUGCACCAUCCCAUCAAAUGCCAUAUCCAAAAAUACCGAGCCCGAAACCAUUCUUUUUGGUGUCAUUGCCACUUGUGAUACCCAGGGACACGAUGCUACGCUAGAGCCGACUUAUUUUAGAAGUUUGACGCCAUAUAUUGAAAUCGUGGACUUGGCUGCAAUCUGCGCAGUGGUGGGUCGCAUCCAAAUUGGCACCGCAAAUCCUCAAUGGGCGAUAGUUGACCGGAGUGGUUCCUGGGCUCGCACCGCUUUCAUAGAUGACUUACUAACUCCAGAUGCUCUCCAACAAGACGAACUCUGA